AUGGUUAUCGCAGUUCCAUCACCGAUAACUAUUGUCGAAGAAGAUAUGCAUGUAUGCGAAGUACCAAUAUUUAAUAAUCAAAUUUCAAAUGAAUCAAUUCCAACAUCAUUUUGUACUACAAUGUCACCAUUAGAAUCUUUACCAAUACUAACAACAGAUUUACCUAUUGAUAAAUCAACUAAAUAUUUAAUUAAUAUCGAUGAUUUACCAUUUGAAUUCUUAACUGGUGAAGAAUAUAUUGAUCAAGCUAAUGAUUUAACUGAUGGAAUGAUUUAUUUAACAACAUAUCGUGUAUUUAUAUUUACAAAUGACUCAUGUUGUUCAUUUAUAAAUUGUCCAUUACGUUUAAUUGAUUUAAUUGAAAUGAAAGAUAAUAUUUAUUUAUAUAUACAAUGUAAAAAUAUGCGUUCAUUUCGUUUAACAUUUUUUACAACAGAUAAAUGUUCUUAUUGGUUAAGAAAAUUAACUGAAUUAAUAUCAAUACCAAUAUGUUUAGAAGAUUUAUUUGCAACUAAAUAUGCUUUAUUGAAACCAAAUCAAGAACGUUCAUUAAGGGAUCGUUUUCAUGAUGAAUUUGUACGUUUACAAUUAGAUACAUAUCCAUGGCGUUUAACAGAGAUUAAUCGAAAUUAUGAAUUAUGUGCCAGUUAUCCGGAAUUUUGUGUUGUACCAUUAACUAUAAAAGAUGAAGAAAUUUCUGAUGUUGCCAAAUUUAGAUCAUAUAGACGAUUUCCAACUAUUGUUUGGAGACAUAGUAAUGGUGCAGUUAUUGCUCGUACAAGUCAACCUGAGGUUGGUUGGUUAUUUUGGCGUUCAAAAGAAGAUGAAAAAAUGAUUCAAGCUAUUAUCAAUGCAUGUCAUCCAACAGCAACAGAUUCUCUUCCUCGUGAAAAAACUGGUUCAAACCGUUUAUUAAUUCUUGAUGCACGAAGUUAUGCUGCAGCUAUUGCAAAUCGUGCUAAAGGUGGUGGUUUUGAAUAUCCACCAUAUUAUACCGAUUGUGAUGUACAAUUUAUGAAUCUACCUAAUAUUCAUGCUAUUCGUAAAAGUGCUCAAAUGUUACGUGUUGCUAUAGCUAAUACAGCACAAGGUGAAAAUUGGCUUUCACAAUUAGAAUCUACUAGAUGGUUACAUAAUUUAUCAGCAUUAAUUGGUGCUGCAUCAUUCGUUGUUGAUAAUGUUAAUAAACAUGCUCGACCAGUUCUUAUUCAUUGCUCAGAUGGUUGGGAUCGAACACCACAAAUAACAGCAUUAGCUGAACUAAUGCUCGAUUCAUAUUAUCGAACAAUUGAAGGUUUUCAAAUAUUAGUACAACGUGAAUGGAUUGCAUUUGGACAUAAAUUUGGUGAUCGUUGUGGCCAUGGUAUUGGCGCAAAUGAUCCUAAUGAACGAAGUCCAGUAUUUCUUCAGUGGCUUGAUUGUAUUUAUCAAUUAUUUAUUCAGUAUCCCACCGCAUUUGAAUUUAAUGAAAUGUUUCUUAUUAAAUUAGCUAUGCAUACAUAUACUUGUUUAUAUGGAACAUUUUUAUGUAAUACAGAUUAUGAUCGAACAAUAGCUAAGUUAGAAAGACGAACAUUAAGUAUAUGGAGUUUAUUAAAUACUAAAUCAGCGGAAUUCAAUAAUCAUUUAUUUGAUGAAAAAAAUAAAGAAGUUCUUUAUCCAUCAUAUUCAAUUCGUGAUUUACGUAUAUGGUCAAAUUUAUAUUUACGUGAUGUACGAGAUACUCCGACUGGUACAUCUGAACAUCCAUCUACAUCAUCAUCUUCAGUACCUGCUCGUUUACAUUCUUAUGAAGAUUUAUCAUCAUUAACAAAUUGUUUACAUCGAUCUACAUCUGAUCCAAAUUUAACAGGUUCAUUAAGUCUUGAAUCAUCGUCGAUUACAAUACGUACUGGUAAUACGGAUACAAAUAAUAAUUCAUUAAUAAAUGGUACUCAACAAAUUCAAUCAAAUCGCUUACACAAUUCAACAUCAACAAAUAGUUUAUUUGGUCCACCACAUCAUCUUGGUACAUAUAGUGGUAGUAAUCAUAAUAUGACAAAUAAUCCUAUUCAUACUCUAUCAAGUCCAGCAUCACCGAAUGCUGCAAAUAUAACAUCACCAUCAACAAUAACAAUAUCAAAUAAUAAUUAUCAUGGAAGUCCAGAUAAAGGACUAAAACGACAUAGUUUUACAACAGAUGAUUCAGCACCUGAUAUAACACAAUUAGCAUUAUCAUUUCAACGUUUUCCAUUAAAUAUUAGUAGUGUUGAUAAUAUAUUACGAGCUAUGUCACGUCCACGAAAACAUACAAAUUCAACUUCAAGUACUCAUUCAAGUUCAUCUGAAUGUUCAUUAACAAAAAUGAAUUCACAUGAUUCAAAUCAAACACCACAAAUGACAUCACAAACAUCAUCAUCAUUAAACAAAAGAAUAAAAUCUGUUCGAAAACGUAUCGAUUAUGAUGGUCUAACAAAAAUUCCUGAUCAAAUUACUAAAAGAAUGAGUGAAAAACGACAAGAAUAUGUAGAAGAAAUUGAAUGUCUUAAUGAUCAAAUAGGACGUAUGCUCAAAUUCAUACAUACAUUCAUUAAAUUGAAUAAUAAUAAUAAUAAUAACAAUAAUAAUCUUCAUAAUACAUCUCCACGCAUGGAUAUAAUAUCACAAAGUAAUAAAAAUAGUAUUGAAACAUCAUCAUGUGCAUCAUGGCAAAAAAUCGAUAAUACAGAAGGAGCUGUUACACGUUGGAUGCCAGAUUUUAAUGUUCAUACAUGCCAUUCAUGUCAUACGAAAUUUCAACAAUGGCCAAUUUCACGUAAACAUCAUUGUCGAAAUUGUGGUAAUAUAUUCUGUAAUAGUUGUGCUAAUUAUUACAAAGCAAUUCCAUCUUUAAAUUUAACACGUGCUGUACGUGUAUGCCGUGAUUGUUUUCCAAUAAUAGAUGAUAUUAAAACCCAUACAACUAUUUAA